CCAUAAGCCAUGGCAGACGCACAAAUCCCAACACCAGCAACUUUUAAACAGCUCCUCGAGCGCCUCGUCAAAACACCCGAGUACUUCACCCCGGACGACCUGAAAGCCGCGCUCGCGCACAUCUUCACGCCCGAGCUCGUCCCGCCCGCGCAGGUCGGCGCCUUCCUCACCGCGCUCCACGUCCACCGUGUCGAGCGCCGCCCCGAGUCGCUCGCCGCCGCCGCCGAGGUCCUGCGCGAGCGGGCGCUCAAGGCGGCGAUCGAGGGCAGCGGGGAGGAUUUUAUCGUGGAUAUUGUGGGUACGGGCGGGGACGGGUACGAUACGUUUAAUGUGAGCACGACGGCGAGUGUUGUUGCUGCGGGUGCGGGCGCGAGGGUUGUCAAGCACGGCAGCCGCGCCUCCACCUCCGCGUCCGGCUCCGCCGACCUCCUCGAGCGCCUCGGCUGCCUGUACCCCGCCCCUCCAAAGGCCGGCACCGCGCUCCCCAUCUCGCGCGUCCCAUUCGCAUUCAUCCUGGCCCCGCACUACCACCCCGCGCUCGCGCUCCUCGCGCCCGUCCGCAAACAGCUCCCCUUCCGCACGCUCUUCAACGUCCUCGGCCCGCUCAUCAACCCCGCGCGCCCGCGCGGGAUGGUGCUCGGGGUCGCGGACAAGGAGCUCGGGUACACGUUCGCGCAGUCGCUGAGAGCGGGCGGCGUGCAGCGCGCGCUGGUGGUGAGCGGCACGGAGGGGCUGGACGAGAUCAGCUGCGCGGGCACGUCGUGGGUGUGGGAGCUCAGGGAGGACGGGUCGAUCCACGCCGGCACUGUGCAUCCGAGCCACUUUGGGCUGCCGGCGCAUCCGCUGAGCGCGGUGAGCGGCGGUGGGCCGGAGGAGAAUGCGGAGACGUUUAGGAGGCUGUUGACGAGCGGGAGCGAUAUCCCGGAGGAGCUGACGCCUGUGCUCGAUUUUGUGCUGAUGAAUGCGGCGGCGCUGUUGGUUGUUGCGGGCGUUGCGAACGAUUACAAGGACGGGGUCGCGAAGGCGAGGGACAGUAUCACGAGUGGGAAGGCGUGGGAUGCGCUCAUGGCGUUUAAGCAGGAGAUCGCGGCCGCGCUUGCGAAGGGAGACAUGUAGGACGGUUCAUUUGCUGGGGGUUAUUUAGCGGUAUAUUGUAGGGUACACCGACGGUAAAGUCGUGGACUGUAAGAAUACUUGGGGUAUCCAAUGCAGCACCCUUGGACAUU